AUGGCUAAAGUGGGUUAUAGAACCAGCAAUAUACUCCGGCUGGUUGAUAUGCAUCCGACCAUGACCAGUUACUCAACUGUGGCACUGAUCAUUGCCAAAUCGGAACCGAACAUAUUUCUGGACAAGAUGAACAGCGAGAAACGCGGCGUUAUCAAUUUUACACUGCGCGACUCGAAGCGUCACAUUGUGAAUUGCAAAUGCUGGGGCAUUCAGGCGUGUGUGGAGGAGUACAAUGCCAUGCUGCAGAUUGGCGACGUCAUCGAUGUGGUGGGUGCCAAGGUGAUGGCCAUAACGCCCCCAAAUUCAUGUGGUCUCAGUGAGCAGCGUUAUCAACCGAGGAGCACUCUCAACUGUGCUCUCGUGGUAAAUGAGGGCUAUGGCUAUGUGGUAAAGCACAAUGAUGAGGAUCUGGCAACGCUGCAGUCACUGCGUCAGCUGCUGCAUCAGCCGCACAAAUCCCUGAGCAGCGUGCUCAAGCUGGCGGAUGUGAGAUGUGCAGCACCAGGCGCUGAACUGCGUCCUCCUGUGUUUAUUGAUCUGCUCGUGGUGGUGGCUGCAGUGCGUCCGGUGCGUGAACUGAAACGCAAGGUGGCACGCAAUGGCAAUAACCUGAUGCAGUGCCUCGAACUGGUCGUAGUCGAUGCCAGCUGCCCGGAUGGCAUGGUGUUUACACUCUGGCAUGCAGAUUGGAUACGCCGUGCUCAGUAUUGGCAGCCCGGCAAGACACUGCUCCAUUUAAUAGAUGUGCGCAUCUCACAUUCCCAGUAUUAUGCCUGUUCCGUGCUCAGCCACGCCAGCUGCACGCUUAUCUAUGAGAAUCCGUUGCCACAGAGUCCAGAUUGCCAGGCACUGCUUGCAUUUGCAGCCACAACGCCGCUAAAGACCUAUGAUCUAUUUGCCCAAACGGAUUUGGACAAUUUGCCAGCGGCGGAACAGAUCCAGACACAGAUGACGGUGCAGCAGAUCUAUGCGCGGGCAGAGGGCGAACUGCAGGAUGCAACCAGAGAGCACUUUACGGCCGUGCUCUAUGCCAUGGUCACCAAAUUCGACAUUGACGGUCUGACCAACUGCAUCAACAAGAAGUGCAAAUCCUGUCGCCGUCCCAUUCCCAGCAAUCGCAAUGAUUGCGAUAAUGAGCACUGUGUCCUGCAGUUUUCCAUGGAUUUCAGUGGCACACGUUAUGAGCACUUCUUCAACAUCAAUAUCCAACUGUCGGAUCAGACGGGCACCUUGAUUGAAUCACGUCUCAGUGGCGGCGUCGCUGAUCAUUUGUUGGGCCUCAAUGCGGACGCCUUUCAACGGCUCCUGGAGCGCAAGAAAACCGAGCUCAAGUGGCGCUUCCUCUUAAAGUACUUUGAGGUCAAGCUGCUGGUGAAGAAGCCCACUGCCAUGCGCAAGAAUCUGACUGUCAUUGUGGUGGACAUGGAGCUCAUACAGCUAAAGCAGCUCAUACAGAAGAUUUCAACGUUUUAAAUAUAUCCAUACACAUUUUGAAUAGAGCCAGAUUUUGUAGACGCUAUAGCUUAAGAUUUAAACUGUAACAUAUAAGUUAUUUGUAUAGGCUUUAAGAGUGAGAGUUGAGAGAGAUCUAAGAUACUUUUGUUUAGGUAUUAAAAAAAAAGAGCCAAAGGCUUUUAGAGACUGUAAACUGUUAUACACUAGUUUAAUAUACUUUUUUCAUGUUUCAAACACUUUAAAAGACUGGGAAAAGUUUCGUUAGCCUAUA